AUUCGCUCCUUGAGUUUUCCUAUCACUCUAUCUUGUUUCUCGCUCUGUCCACUCUUGCCACCGGACUCCGCCGCAUGCCUCAAAAUUUGAAGUUUCACGGCAGCUCCUCAGUCAUCUACCCUCUGCAUCGAGUCAAAAGCCUUAAUCUUUCUCUACUGUUUUUCUGAACAAAGAAAUUACAAGAAUUCCUUUUUAUUAUAAUCUCAAUGUUUUGGCUACUAUAAAUAAACAAGUUGAUGAGAUGAGUUACCUUCAAGUCACUGCAGUGCGUCCUUCUUCACGUGAAUAUAACACAAUCCGUGGAUCAGCUAUACAAUGCAUUUCACCAGUGAAAUUAUCUAAUCUUCAUAAUGCCCUAAAACCAACCAUUGGAUUUGAUUCAUCAAAGAAAUGCACAAAAUUAAUGAAAUGUCAUGUGAUGCAAAGAACUGCUGCAUCUCGCUUUCAACCAUGCACACCUGUGUGUUUAUUUGGUGGGAAAGGAGGAGAAUCCAAAAAUGGUGAUGAGGGUUCCCCAUGGAAGUCAAUGGAGAAAGCUAUGAGUAGUUUUAAAAAGGAACAAUCACUAGAGGAUGUACUCCGCCAACAAAUCGAGAAGAAAGAUUACUAUGAUGGUGGCAGUGAUGGUGGUGGUGGUGGUGGUGGUGGUGGAGGUGGCAGCGAUGGUUUUGGUGGAUCAGAGGAUGAAGGCUUUGGUGAGAUGUUGGAUGAUAUACUGCAAGCCACCUUGGCACUCAUUGGUCUAAUAGUUAUGUACUUAUACAUGGUGGCAAAUGACCAAGUUACGCUCUUUUUAAGAAGUGUAAUGAAGUUUGUAUCUGGGAAAAAAGGUCCUCGAUUAAGGUUCAUAAUGUAUAAUAUUGGACUAUUGUAUCAAUCAUUUAAUACAAGAAUUGCAUAUGAUCCAUAUUGGUUGGAAAAAGAAAUACUCACAACACCUACAUUGUACGAUCACCCUCGGAGAUAUGAGAAGCUUCUUAAACCCUUUAAACGUGCUAUUAAAGGUGAUGGUAACAUAGAUCUUGAUGCUGUUAGGAAUCUUGUUAUUAAUGCUCAGGGUGUUGUUGGUGUUGAUACUGGUGCUGGUGCUGGUGCUGAUGUUGAUAAUGAUACUGAUAACAAAUCGUUCAGUGACGAUGAUGACGAUGAUGACAACGGCAAUGCAUACACCAUCAAUGAGGAUUCAGAUGAUUACUAGUUUUCCUUUCGUGUAUUCUUGUUUUUCUUUUGUAGAUUCAAGUAUUUCUCUAUUGAGUUUUUUGGAUUUAAUGUUUUGAAUUAUUGCAAGAUAUUCCUAUUUUGCUUAUUGAUUAAUCAGAACGUGAUCAAUCUCGGAGAACUUAUGAUUCAA